AUGGUGGAGGGCAUGACGGAUGGCUCGUUCAUUGGCUGGGAGAAGAAGAGCGUCGUGGUUCUUAACGUGACUGACGACCCUGGUGGGGCACGAACCAAACGGCUGCUCAAAGACAACGAAGCUCAGUCCAGGGUGUCCCCUGUGGGCACAGUGACGGCUGGAGAUAGGCACCAGCUCCCCCUCCACUCUGAAAGGAAGAAGCAGGUUGGUUGGUGGGAAAAUGGCCGUCUACGCCUCCGUUACCAUCCGUGGUCGCGUUACGGCUUUUUCCUGAAGCCCCUGGAUGAUUCCCAACAUCUCCGAGUGGUCACCCUGGAGGAAAGGCCCUUUGUUAUUGUGGAGCCUGCUGAUCCAGGGACCGGCUCGUGCAUCCGGGACUCGGUACCCUGCCGCAUGCCCCCUAACUCCAGUUUGGUGGUGGAUGGUGCCGGGCUGACGAAGCACUGCUGCAAGGGGUUCUGCAUCGAUGUUCUGAAGCGUCUGGCCAAGAUUGUGGGUUUCACCUAUGACCUGUACUUAGUGACUAAUGGAAGACAUGGGAAGAACAUCAAUGGGGAAUGGAACGGCAUGGUUGGAGAGGUCGUAUCCAACAGGGCUGACAUGGCCAUUGGUUCUCUCACCAUUAACGAGGAGAGGUCAGCGGUCGUGGAGUUCUCGGUUCCCUUUGUAGAGACCGGCAUCAGUGUGAUGGUUUCCCGCAGUAACGGCACAGUCUCACCUUCUGCUUUCCUUGAGCCCUACAGCCCAGCGGUGUGGGUGAUGAUGUUUGUGAUGUGCCUGUCAGUGGUGGCUGUCACCGUUUUCAUCUUUGAGUUCUUCAGCCCCGUGGGAUACAACCGCAGUCUGCAGAGCGCCAAGAUGUCAGGCGGCUCUAAGUUCACCAUUGGGAAGUCCGUUUGGCUGCUGUGGGCGCUGGUUUUUAAUAAUUCAGUCCCUGUGGAAAAUCCCAGAGGAACCACCAGCAAGAUCAUGGUGCUGGUUUGGGCCUUCUUUGCUGUCAUCUUCUUGGCCUCCUACACUGCCAACCUGGCUGCCUUCAUGAUCCAGGAAGAGUACAUCGACACAGUGUCAGGACUGUCGGAUAAGAAGUUUCAGCAUCCGACGGAGCAGUACCCACCGCUGCGCUUUGGUACGGUGCCGAACGGCAGCACCGAAGAGAACAUCCGCUCCAACUAUCCCAACAUGCACCAGUACAUGAUUCGCAACAACCAGAAGGGCGUGGAGGAGGCCAUCGACAACCUUAAGACUGGAAAACUAGAUGCCUUCAUUUAUGACGCUGCGGUGCUGAACUAUAUGGCCAGGAAGGAUGAGGGCUGCAAGGUGAUGACAAUUGGCUCCGGGAAAGUGUUUGCCACUACAGGAUACGGCAUCGCUCUGCACAAGAACUCCCGCUGGAAACGACCGCUGGACCUGGCUCUGCUGCAGUUAGUUGGAGAUGAUGAAAUUGAUAUGUUGGAGCGCCUUUGGUUGUCUGGAAUCUGCCACAAUGAUAAAAUUGAGGUGAUGAGUAGCAAGUUGGACAUUGACAACAUGGCAGGUGUUUUCUACAUGCUGCUGGUGGCCAUGGGCCUCAGUCUUCUCGUUUUUGCCUGGGAGCACCUGGUGUACUGGAAACUGAGACACUGUGUGAAGAGGUCUGGUGGGAUGGACUUCCUCCUGGCUCUCAGCAGGGGAAUGUAUAGUUGCUGUCAGUUUGAGGAUGAGACAACACCAGGAGGGACCAAAAGUUCUUUGCCCCAGUACCACACUGUGACUUCCAUGCCGUCUGUACAACAACAACACCUUGUUACAGCCACAGUGAACAACACAACUGCCAUUGCCAUGGUGCAGCAGCAACAACCUAAGCACCAUCAACAGCAACAAGGGCAGACCUACACCUCUAUGCUACCUGGAUCACCACCAGCUACAGGACAUUCAGCAAUGGCUCUGGGUCCCUCCAACAGCCCAUUAUUGGAAGGUCCCAUGCCCUGUUCUACCUUUUUGCCUCAUCAUGACCGCAGACUGGCUGUGGUUGAUCGCUGGAACAGGCCAAAACCAGAAAAGGUCAUGAGCGGAAGUAGCAGUGGAGGAGUAGGUAUUGGGGGGAUUGCUGGAGGGAUCACUGAUCUACAGACCCAGCAGCAGUUUCAUCACAGUCUUGGAAUGCACUGGAGUUUACAAGGAGGAGUGACAGGAGGAGUAGGAGGUAGUGGCGACACAGGGCUAGAUGAAUAUAAGCGCUAUUAUGGUCCUAUAGAUCCAGAGGGGCUGGGGGCUAAUUUGGACCAACAAGCUGGAGGCCCUCAGCAGACUCCCAAAGCCACUUCUAGAGGCUUUAAAGCUCCAGGGAUACCAAGGCUGCCUCCUAAAGGUCCUCAUCAAGGACAAGUCCACUUAAUCUCGAAACCUCCUCCACCAAUCCCAUCUUCUCCACGAAGACCUCCAUUCUGGCGACGAGCAAGCCUUGCUCAGGCAAGAAGAAAAAGCUCAGGAGGUCCUCUGUAUGAGAAUAUACUUCCUCUAGGAAGGCGAGGAGGUGGGAGGUAUGGAGUAAGUGAUGGCGCUGGAAGAAGAGGACGUCGCCCGCCUCCACCUCCUCCUCUACCAGUCCCUCUUUCUUCUCCAACACGUACCCCUACCACUCCUUCUUCCCCAUGUCGUUUCUACUCAUCCUGCUCCAGUGCCUCGUCUGCUUCCUCUUCCUCCUCCUCAUCCUCUUCCUCUUCAUCCUCUGGGUCACUUUCUCGAUCAAAUUCUCCAUCCUCUUGCUCCAGUGACAGCUCUUAUAACUCUUCACUGAGUUUCUGUUAUCGUGCAGGUGAUAGAGAUUUUAUGAUAGAUGAUGUAUAUGACUCAGACCUUCUCACAGAGGAGUCUAGCCUCCUUCUUGGGUCACGGAAGAAGAUUCGCUCACGACGCAUGUCUUCUCGCUCACUACCAUGCAGCCCUCCACCUCCGCCAAUACCACCACGAAAACCACAUCCACAGAAAAGUUAUGGUAGAGAGAGGACCAGCAGUCAACUGGCCCAAUUGCAGGAGUGGUGGGCAUCAUGGGGUGACAGAGAGUGUGGGAGGGGAGGAACAACAAAUAAAGUAAAUGCAGCCUUGGGAAGAGAGGAGAAAAGACAACACAAAGAAAGGGAGCGUGAGAGAAAGAGGAGGAAGAAAGGUCGAAAGAAAAAGAAGAGAGAGGAGCGGGAGAGAGAAAGGGAACGGAAGCGUCGUAAAACAAAGAAGAAGAGGAAAAAAGAUGAUAAGAUAAGGAAGAGUGAACGAAAAAGAUCAGAGUUGGAAAGUGGAGAUCCUGAGAAAAGAGAGGAAGGCAAAUCGGAAAUGCCAGAGUUCCCACCUUAUCCACCUUCAAGGCGAGAGUCGUUUCGGAAAAAGAGUGAAAGCUCAAUCCGAAGCUAUGGAUGGAACAUACCAGGUGAAGAUGAAAGAAAAGAAAGAGAUGAGAAUAAAAGAGAUGAUGGUGAAGAGAGCAGAGAAAAGGAUAGACACCACAGGCGAAGAAACAGCAAGCACCAUCAUAGCUCUGGUGGAAAGCCUUCUACAUCUGUCAAGUUCUGGGGUGGAGGCAAUCCUUCUGAUAACAUUCCAUCUGCCUUUUUGCCCUUGUUACCUGUUUCUUCUAAAAGAAGAAAAAGUAAGAGUUCAGACAGAGAUGCUGUAUGCAUGGAAGGAGAGAAGAGGCCAUUGUUGGGACGAAAUGAACGUAGUGAGAUGCACUGCAAAGAAGGGCUGUCCUUCCAUGAGUGGGAGUCUGAAGUAGAGGGUGGAGAGGAUGAUUCUGAACCAGAGAGGAGGAAAUCAGAGCAUGGGAAAAGGCACAGAGGAGGUAGGACUAUGUCAGAUGACGAGCGAGAACGUGACAAGGUGGUUGGGAUAUAUUCUGAUGAUGAUGGUUCUUCAGGAGAAUUUGGGAAAUUUGAGAGGUACUGGGAGGAUCAUGAAGGUAGGGCCGUGGGUGGAAUUGGAGGAGGAGGUUGGUUUUUCAGUACGUAUCCCUCCAGGGAUAAAGCUGGAACCAUCAACAGCCGAGACGAUCUCUUCCUAGAACGAGGAGAAAGGUGGGCAACAACAGAGACAGAUUGGGGUUCUAGUGCAAUUGGAGGAGAAAGAGGGUGGGGAUCAGGUUCACACUGGCCCCCACCUCCUCUUACACCACCUCCUCCUCGACGAUACUGGUCAGUGGACAAGCUUCACAUACAAGAUGAGAAGAGGAGUAAACGGAAGCCAAAGGAUAAAGGAAGGGGUCAAACAUCUUGUUCCUCCUGUCAAUCCUCUCGACAACAUCCACACUCAGCUAAAUGGGCCCGUGUAACUUCCCGGAGCCAGGAAGAGCUGUAUCCCCACUGCCAAAAUUUUGGUGGUCCCUUAAAGCCCAAACAUGACUCCUCAUUAUCAUCCAAACCUGACCGAUCACGCAACCUUUCUAAAUCUGGAAGCCAGUCCAACCUCAGUAUUCAGCAACGGACACAAAGAACAGACAGAGAUCGAGAUCGAGGAAGACAACCAUCCCCACCUUCUUCUCUUAUUCCAAAUUUGCCAUCCCCACUUCCUGCCCUUCCAGCUCCUCCAUCUUCAUCUCACUCUAUUCAUGCUCCUCCCCCUACUUCUUCCUCUUCUGUAUCUUCUCCCUCUGUGGUCUCCUCCACACCGGGUGCACCCCAAGCCUCUUCAAUGGCUUCGGCAAGUGCCAAACUGCAGUACCAGAGACUGCGCUCUGUACCCCAACCCCAGAGGUUUCCUCAGUCUCCCCAUUUACCCCUCAAAGCCAAGAGCCUAUGCUCACGAAGGGGGUCAGCCCAUUUCUCCAGUUCUGCCAGAGUGGUGCAGCGCUCCCUGGACCUGGUGAGGGAGAGGUUGACAACUGGAGAAAAGUGUCUCCUGCAGCUGUGGUCCACUGGGAACCGCCUGCCUGACCCAGUGGACCCUUUCCCGGACAUCUACCUGGAUCCUGACUUUGCGAAAGAUAGUGGUCCUCUGCUAUGCAACACAGACCCAAAGAUGCACUUGUGCAGAACGGGUCCAAAAGCACUGUAUAAGAAUUAUGUUAAGAUCCUGAACAAGAGAACUCAGCACAACAGAGUUGUCAGCGAAUGGGACGACAAGCUCGGAGGUCAGAAGCCCCAGGACAGACUGCAGGCUGGACCCCAACUUGACGCCGUGGCUCUGUGGAGGUGCAACGUCAAGGCCAAACUGGCGUUGGAGUUUUGCUUCCACAGAGACACCGGACACCUGGAGAAUUCUGUGAAACUGUGGAGAUUUAAGAAGAUUUUAUGCAACAUUUUUGAUCAGGGAGAACUAGGAUACAACAAGCUCCUCGUGUAA